CCGCAAAGAAGGCUUCCUUUCACGUAUCCACAGCACAAUAGUACGGCAUGUUGUGAGAAUUAACUGGCAAUCCAUAGCAAAGCAUAGCGUUCCUUAUAGUCGCACUUGUAAAAGCACCCUACCUUCACAAGUUAUUAACGAUAGGCUUAAGCUUUUACAGUUGACUCUUUUACGAGCUGCGCCGGGACUGCCCCGGCCGCGCUGCCAGCCAUGAUUCCACCUCUUUCAUCCCUUGUUAGAUAUGAUAACCCUGUCUUAGUUAGCACUAGCAAGGACAAGGGAAAGGGCGCGAAGGGGACGCCUGGAAAGAAGGGUGCUUUGCCACCAGUGGAACAAAAGCCUGGAUUGACACAAACAGAGGAUAUCCUCAACUCUAUCCUACCGCCUAGGGAAUGGACGGAGGAUGGCCAGCUCUGGGUUCAAUACGUUUCCAGCACUCCUGCGACGCGCUUGGAUGUCAUAAAUUUGCAGGAGAAGCUAGACCAACAGCUGCAGCAGCGACAGGCACGUGAAACGGGCAUUUGCCCCAUCCGCGAGGAGCUGUACGCACAGACGUUCGAUGAGCUUAUCCGGCAAGUCACCAUCAACUGCGCCGAGCGCGGUCUCCUCCUACUGCGUGUGCGUGAUGAAAUGCGCAUGACGAUUGCAGCAUACCAGACCCUGUACGAGAGCGCUGUGGCGUUCGGCAUCCGGAAAGCGCUGCAGACGGAGCAGGGCAAGAGCGAGAUGGAGUCGCGGAUCACGCAGCUGGAGGCGGACGUGAAGGACCUGGAGCGCCAGGUCCAGGAGUGGAAGUUCAAGUGCGAGGCCAUUGAGAAGCGCGAGAGCGAGCGGCGCGAGGUGGACGCCAAGAAGCACAAGGACGAGGUGGCCUACCUGGAGAACUACGCGAAGCAGCUCAAGCAGCAGCUGGAGACCUUCCUGGUGCCCGCCAAGAAGGGAGCGCCGGGCGCCCCGGCCACCGCCACGUAAGGAGGAGAGGGGCUGGAGUGGCUGCCGACUGCUGGUUCCUGUCGGGGAGUGUGCGGGGAGCCGCGCUGUCGUGCUGUGCGCUGUGGAGUGGAGCGGAGGAGGGAGUGGGCAACACGGCGGGGAGGCGGUGUGCUGGAGGCGGAGUAGGUGGAGGAAGAAAAGGACGGGACGGAAAAGGGUGUGGGGUGUGGCAGAACCGGGCGCAUUUUGGGGUGCAGGAGGUGGGGUACAGGGAGGAUAUGUGAGCCAUAGGAAGAAGGGGCGUUGAUGCUCCCUUUUUCUCUGAAGAUGGGGAGGCUGGAUGACGCCCAAGGCUGUCUUUGCAUGGGCUUGGGGGAUGCGGUGGUUUACCGAUUAGAGGUGCUGGUUGUGGUGAUACUACCGGCAUGUCUGGCUAGCAACAACAUAAUGACCGUGCAUGCUGACGUGACACGUCUAAACUUAUAACAAAGACUGGCGUCGUUUUUACCCCUUCACAACCAUGUAUCUGUUUUCUCGUGUGACCUUGGGUGGAUCUGAGACGUGGCGCGCCCUAUGUAUGUACAUGCCUGCGAGUGGGGAGAGCGCGUGCUUGCUACGACCGGCGAUAACAAUCCACGACACCGCUGUACAGACAACUAACUACCUGGCGCGUAAACUGACAUGGU